AUGAUGUCGUGGCAAUGGGAUGACGUGGUGCGCUUCUGGCGCGCGAGUGGCGCGUCGGAGGAUCAGAUCACGUCGGAGGAGUUCGAGUCGCUGCGCGAGUGGUGGAGCACGAGCGCGCGGUACUGGCAGCGCGACGGCCGGCUGGACGGCAAAACCCUCUGGGACGUCGUUGAGAUGCUGCGCCGCUGGGAGCUGGACGGGUGGUUUAGGGUUUUCGAAACGGCCAUGAGUCCGGAGAUGGAGUUUGCUUUAGAAUCGGUGGUGGAGGGGAAGGAGGAGACGUUUGUGGGGGAGGAGUGGAUGGAUCGACUCACUCCGCGCGGGAUCCGCGAGGCCAAUGAGCGCAGGCUGACGGGGGAUACGGGCGCGCGCGGGCUGCUGGGCGCAGGGGACGCGGGGGUGGUUGACGUGGGCGGGGGAGCGGGGGACGUGGCGGUUGAAGGGGAGGGGGAGGGAGAAGGGGAUGUGAGUGAGGAGGAGAGGAAGGGUGUGGAGCAGCGGUGGAGGGAGAUGAUGGAGGAAUCGAUGGUGCGGGUGUUGCAGGGCCAGACCACCAUGGCCAACGGCGCUGCUGGUGCUGCUGGUGAGAGUGGUGAAGGUAACACUGGCGGCAGUAGUGGCGGCAGUGGCAGCACGAGGCGCGUGAGGAGCAACAAGUGGGUGGGGACGCGGCCGGGGGACCUGCCCUCGCUGACGCACCGCCCGCCCCGUGAUUGGCCGCCGCCAGGCUGGCAGGUGGACGCGGAUGAGCUGGCAGUGAUUCACGGCGCGGCAGGGGGGGAGAAGGGGGGCGGUAGAGGGGGCGAGGCGGGUGCGGAGGAGGAGGAGAGGGUGAGGGAGGAGCGGUGGGGGGUGUUUAUGAAGCAGUACGAGGCAUGGGCGCAGGCGAACAAGGAGAUCUUGGAUGAAGAAGCUGCUGUUGCGGACCCAAUAUACUUCCCAGGGCGCAGGAAGACAGGCAACAAGUACCGCCCAGGACUCUACGAGCUACCGUUUGUGGAGGCGGGGCAGGUGUAUGCAGGGCGGGUGACGACCAUCAACCUCAACGAGGGCUGCUUCAUCGAUAUCGGCGCCGUGCAUGACGGGUGGGUGCCAAUCUACAACGACGACUGGUACGAACUGCGGCAGGUGCUGAGCAUUGGCACGCCCGUGCUCGUGGAGGUCACGGCCAAGCGCGACCCCUUUCGAUUCCGCUUCCCCAUUGAGCUGCGCCUGCUCAACCCCGACGUGGAUGACAUGAUCUUCCGGCGCCAGCGCUACCCCCCACAUGCGCCCAUCUUCUCCCGUGACGGUGACUUCAACCUCAAUGAACUCGCUGUGGAGGUGCGGCGGCCGAAGCUACCAUUUGUGAAGAGGGCGUUUUUCCCCAACCGGUGGGAGCGGCUGUUCGUGGAGGAGUCGGAGCAGCAGGAGGAGGACUUCCGCCACCCCUACAUCCAACACGUGGAGCGCAUACAGGGAGCAGAGCGCAUGUUGGUGCAGAGAGUGCGGAGUGGGGAGGUGGUCACACAGGAGGACGUGGCACUCAUGCUGCCCGAGCCUGCAGAUGCAGCUCUGGUGGAUCUAGCUGCGGCAGAGGAGGAGCUUAAGUGGGACGAAGAGGAGGCGGCAGCAGUAGCGCGGGGAGAGGUGGUGGACGCACCUCCAUCGCGCCAUGACGUGCUACGGGCGUCCCUGGCAGCCGUGCAUCAGCAGCGCCUGCAGGCUGAGCAAGACGCCGUCACCCGCGACCGCGCCGCGCGCACGGAGGUUGGGUUGCCGAUCUACGAGCCGGGGAGGGAGAAGCUGGUGCGGCAAAUAGGUGGCGGCAAGGAGGAGUGGUGGCGCUACAUGUCAUUCCUCUACACCGCGGUGGACCUCGCUCUCUUCCCCAACGGCAUUCCCGAUGAGACCGCCGCCAGGCAAGCAGCAGACGAAGCUCUCAUUGAGGCUGUUGUUGGCUCUGCUGCACCCUCCUCCUCACCCUCGUCCGCUGCACCCUCUGCUGGUUCUUUGGGAAGUGAUGGCGGUGCAGGCGACCUUUGA